AGGAACCAUAUGCACAUCACCGCUUUUGUGUGCGUCAUCUUGCUUCGAACUUGAAUUCGAAGUAUAAGAAUGCUGCCAUCAAGAACCUAUUCGGAAAAGCUGCAUAUGCUAGGCAGAAAAGGAAGUUUUUGUACUAUAUGGAUCGAAUUGGCUCCAUUAAUGUCGAGGCAGCUAGAUAUCUGUUGGACAUUCCCCUUCAUCUAUGGUCUCUACAUCAUGAUGGUGGGUGUAGAUAUGGUGUGCAAACCACCAACAUGUCUGAAGUGUUUAAUGGUGUCCUAAAAGGAGCAAGAUGUCUACCGAUCACUGCUUUGGUAAGAAUGACAUUUUAUCGUGUCAAUUCUUAUUUUGCUACAAGGAGAGAAUUAGGUAGAAAAAGACUUGAGGAAGGCCAUGAUUAUAGCCCGAAGGCGACUAACAUCAUUGAAAAGAACAUGGAGAAGGCAGGUGCUCAUGAGGUGAUUGUGUUUGAUUAUGAGCGAGGGCUAUUUGAGGUCACUACUGGUCGUGGAGACCGUAUUGCGGGGAAAGGUGGAAAGAAACACACGGUUAACUUAAUGCAGAAGACAUGUACAUGUGAGAAAGUCAUAAUAUAUAAGUUGCCGUGUUCUCAUGUCCUUGCGGUAUGUCGUCACCGGAGCUUGUCAUAUAGUGGUUUUGUGGACGCUUCAUUUCUGACUAGCUCGUAUCGAUCUACUUAUAUGUCCUUUUUCAAGCCUGUGCCUGAUAUGCAUAAUUGUUCUCCAUAUGAUGGUCCGAGAAUUAUAGCUGAUGAGAGGCUAAAACGUGGAGCUGGACGUCCACGGUCCACUCGAAUACAAAAUGAAAUGGAUGCAGCUGAUAGGUCUGGCAAAUAUAGAUGUAGCAUUUGUAAGGUUUCAGGACACAAUAAGCAAAGAUGUCCUAAUAAGAACGGUGAAGGAACAUCUGGGUCUGAUGGCGCAGUCCAUCUUUCCCGGCCCCACUGAUCGCAGCGUUCUCACCCUCCAGGACCAGCAUCGGAGUGAGGAUGUCUGGAGGGGAGUAGCGGACACGGUACUAUCGUGUCGGUUGCAUCAUCACAGUCUCUAUCUUGACUGGGAGAUUCACGAAGGGUUCUUCGGUAUGUCGAGCGGGCUGGUUUUCUCGGCAUACAUCGUUUGGUAGGGGGAGGUUUGGAGAUUGAUAGACCACUUCUGACGGCAUUAGUGGAGCGAUGGAGGCAGGAGACCCAUACAUUUCAUUUGACUGUUGGGGAGGCGACGAUUACUUUGGAGGAUGUCGCUGUUAUCCUUGGAC